AUGGUCACUAGGAGUGAUCUCUUGAACUCGGUUGCAUGUAGAUUAUGCAACCGAGUAUUUAUCAGCACUCAAGCACUCGUAACUCACAUCGAGUCUCACAUGGAGAAUCAAGAAGCAUCAAUUAGAAGACUCUAUUCGAAAAAAGAUAUCAUUCCUCAAAGGCAAUUUUCUUCUCAUUGUUUUCCACUUGGUUUUCAUGUUCCAUUAAUGGAAACUCAAAACAUCAAUGAUGGUAAAACUUUGCAACCACAAUCUAUGAUGUUUCCCCAGCCAAGAAAAAACCAAUUCUUCAAUGUUGGUUCUAUGCAAAUGCAAUUUCCACCACAUGUUUACCAAUUGAAGCAUCUAGGAGAAGAAUCUUCAAAUGAUGGUACUAAAGCAUAUAUCAUGCAACUUGAGAAACCUAUUAAGAAGAUUGAUUUCAUUGAUUUGGUUAAUAAUGAUGAAGAUGAUGAUAACUCAGAUGUCUAUGCAUUGGAUUUAGCACUUAAGCUUUAG